AUGAUUAAAGUGGCUUCUCAAGUGCAGCACCAACCACACCAGCAGACUUCACCGCGCAAGCAGACCCCUGCCCUGCCCAAGAUCCGAGGAGCCAUUAGGCAACUCACGAUUUCGAGGCCGCAGGCUGCCAACAAGAGCUCUUCAAAUCAGUUGAGAUGCAACAUUAUCCUCGUGGCUAAGUUCUCGUUCAAAGCCGAGUCCUCGAACGAAUUGAGCGUCAAGACUGGGGAUAUCUUGAAAUUGUUGGAUCAACCGAGCAAUGGCUGGAUCUUGGUCAAGUACAUAGAUCGAGUCUGUGCCCCCGGGUUGAUACCGGCAUCGUAUGCUGACAUCGCCGUCAACGACCCUGUUAACCCAAUUACUUUACAAUGGCUCCACGCCGAAGAAGAGCAGGAUAUCUUUGCCGACCACAAUUAUCUCAAUUUGCAGUUCAACAAGGUUGAAUCGAAAUUCAAAAGCAUCAAUAAUAAGCCUUACCCCAUUGCUGCAUCGAUUCUGAAUUUCUUGCUUUAUAACCAGAGAUACUGGUAUAGACUAGAUAUCGAACACAGCGACAAGUCCAAAAGCUACAUUUGCCGAUACUACCAGGAUUUCUACAAUUUGCACAUCACCAUGUUCAAAUUGGUUGACAGGCUCACCAGGGAUGACGAGUCGAGAGUGAAAGAUUUGAAAUUGCCCAAGUUGCCCGAGCCUCUUCCCACACUGUGCAGCUUUGACAACGGUGACAAUGACGUGAUUGGCGAGGAGGAAACGCAACAGAUUGCAUUGUUGUUGAAAAGAUGCGGCGAUCUCAAUGUAUAUAUCAACAAGUUGAUCUUGAACAAAUAUUUCCAGACUUCAAGUGAUUUAAUCGACUGGUUGGAUGUUGGUUACAGCAAUCUGCCUGGGUUUACUAUUUUGGAGGAAAAUGCCAACAGGAAACUAGGGGAGAAAGAAGACGAAGAAGAAGAAUGGCAAGAGGAAAAACUAGUAGAAGGAGAAGGAAGAAAAGAGAAUGGACUCACCAACGAUGAAAUUAAUGAGCGAAUUCUUCCCAACUCGAUCAAUAUCGUGAAGAGGUACAACGAGAAGAAGCAGAGGAUAGAAGAAGAAUUUGAGGAAAGGAGACGCCAGGAGCUCGAGCUGAAAAAGCGUGAAGAAGAAGAUAUAGUUGAUGAAGAUCUUCCUGCUUGGUCGCAGUCCAAGAAUAUAUACAACAACUACCAACAGGCAUCGCAUGCAUUUUCAGCAGCAAGACAAGCCUCAAUCACUAUAAAAACGAACAACUCCAUGAGAAGAUCUUCAAAGACGCCUCCAAGCACAGCUCACAACUCACUAGGCUUUAGAAACUCAUGCAGCCGGAAACUGAGUCCUCCUGACCGCAAAAACUCAAGCUCGGACGCUAGUAGUGCUUUUUCGGACUCGCCUAGCAAAUCCAAGUCAAGAGAAGGUUCGGGCAUGGAUUCCAACACUUCAACCGAAAACACCUCGCUUGAGUCCGCUGAGUCAACAAACACGCCUACUCGUGCUAACUUUGACAUGGCUCCAGCUCCACCUGGAAAGCAACCUCGUGCACAGAACAGCAACAUGCCUCGACAACAACAGCAACCACCACCACCACCAUCACAACAACAACCAUCCUCUUCAUUUCCUCUUCAGCCAGCAAGCAAUUCGCCAUUUCCCAAAUUCUCACCCAAAGCUGAUUACUCAAAUUUCGCUUCCAAUCCGCUGAUGAUCAAUUCAAACGGGUCUCCAGGGAUGAAGUUCAGUCCAAACAUGAAUGGCAAUAUGAAGAUGACCAAUGUACCAAAGAUGCACGGUGGACCGGUCCAGGUUAGCUCUCCAUCAAGAACGGGUCAUACUCCAUCUUCACCUCAGUGGAUUCAGCAUGGAGCCAAGCCGUUCCCAUUCGUGAACCUGAAUCAGCACCAGCACUCGGCCCCACACUCGGCUCCAUACUCGGCUCCAUACUCGGCUCCACACUCGGCCCCACACUCGGCCCCACACUCACCAUCUGGGCCUUACCCAUCUCGUCCUCCAGCUGGUAUGUCAAGGAAAAAAUCAGGACCAGUUCAACAACCUCAGCAAUCCUCGUUACCACCAAUGAGUCAACCCGUCAACAGCAGCAACAACAAUAGCAACGGACAUUUGGUGGCAAUGCCACCCAUGCCGAUGAAGAGCUCUAAAGAUCCUCACCAGUUCCUCAAAUGCAACAUUUCCAACUACAACAAUGUCGUCAUGCCUGCUGUAUUCCACAAGUCGCAAAUUAGAAGCAUACAGGACUUGAAGAUAUUGGUAAAGCAAAAGAUAUACUACACGAAACUAUUUAUAAAAUUGCCCAACUUGAACAAUUACGAAAACAUAGACAUUGUCAACUUCAACAUUGUCGAGUUCUUACGGUUUAACGAUAAGGUGUUGUUGAAAGUUGCCUGA